GAGGUUGAACAACCCAGUGUUCGUUACGCCAGUCCUUCUCUUCAAGUUGUCCUUAAAUAGUGUACUGCUAGCUAUAAACCCAGUUAGAAGUUGGUUUUUCAUUUAGAAAAGAGCAAGUUCUUCUACCAUGGUGCAGAGAACUGUCUUGAAGGUCGACAUUUCAUGCCUCAAAUGUAAGAAGAAGCUCCUCAAGGCGGUGUCUGCCCUGCAAGGCGUUGAUAAAGUUGAGACUGAUGCAGCCAUGGGAACUUUGACGGUGACAGGCGACGCAGAUCCAUAUGAAAUCAUAGUCCGCACAAGAAAAGCAGGCAAAUUUGCAGAAGUGGUAAGUAUUGGGCCUCCUCCUGCUCCCCCAAAGAAGGAUGAGAAGAAGCCCGAGGAGAAGAAGCCGGAUCCGAAAAAGCCCGAUCAGAUGACCGAAGUCUACAUACCAUAUAUGCCCUACAACUGUCAUGUAUGCGAGCAAGUCGCUAUGGUCCCUGUGGGCUUGUGGGACGAGCCCACUCCAUCAUGCUCUAUUCUUUGACAAUUCCUAUAUUAAAUUUCAGACCCAUAAACACAAAAAAGAAAGAAAGAAAAAAUAAUAAUAAUAAUAAUAAAAAAUCAAGUUUUUGCUUUGA